GAUUCAGUUGCCAAACGUUGGUGAAACCGAAAUGUAAUACUUGCUAUUAAUUAAUUUAAAAAAAAAACUCUCGCAAUGGGUUUGUGUUUGUUAGUGCUUAUUGCCAUUGGCAGCCUAAUCUAUUGGCUCUACACAAUGAACAAGGAGUAUUAUGUGCUCUCAUUCUUUGCGCCUCGUGUUAGGACCAAGGAUGGUCGUCCUUUGGAUAGCAUUGCUCCAGUAGCCAAAGGCAAAACAAUCUUUGGCAAUUGCUUUGAUAUGUAUGGCCUUAAGGAAUCUGAUGUGUUUCAGCAUUCACGUAAACGCGCGAGAGAUUUGAAAUCUAGUUACAUUGAAUAUGGACUGGGCGUGCCGCUUUACAAUAUAAUCGAUGCAGAGAAUGCCGAGCUAAUAUUGAACGACCAAAGUCUUAUAUCAAAGAGUAUUGUGUAUGAGUUCCUACAUCCAGCCUUGCAAACUGGACUUCUGACAUCCACAGAUAAGAAGUGGCACAGUCGCCGCAAGAUGUUAACGCCCACAUUCCACUUUAACAUUUUGGGACAAUUCGAGGAGAUAUUCAAAGCUGAAAGCCAAAAGUUUAUCAAACAGUUUGAUGGUAAAACAGAGACUGAUGUCUCUCUCAGCGAGCUGAUACCCCGAUUCACUCUCAACAGUGUUUGUGAAACCGCCAUGGGGGUUAAACUUGAUGAUAUGGCAGAACAGGGAGAUCUUUAUCGCAAAAACUUUGGUUUGAUCGAAAAGUACUUCAUGGAGCGUCUGGGCAAUCCAUUCUUUUGGAACCAAACAAUUUAUGAGCUAUUUGGCGCAAAGAAAGAGGCACCGGCCCUAAAGGUGGUUCACGAUUUUUCUAGUGAAAUUAUUGCCAAGCGUCGCAUACUACUUAAGGAGGAUCUUGAACAACGCAAAAAUACUCAGGCGGAUGCAGAUGAUAUUUACAUUAACAAGAAGCAACGUUAUGCCAUGCUGGAUACACUGAUAUUUGCUGAGAAAGAUGGUCUCAUUGAUCAUAAUGGAAUUUGCGAAGAAGUGGACACACUCAUGUUCGAGGGCUACGAUACCACUUCAAUGGGUCUCAUAUUUGGAUUGAUGAAUAUGUCGCUUUAUGCUGAUAAGCAGGAACUUUGUUACCAAGAAAUCAACGAGUUCAUCGAUGAUGACUUCAGCAAUUUGGAUGUCAAUCAAAUAGCUAAACUGAAGUACUUGGAUUGCUUUGUCAAGGAAACAAUGCGCAUGUUCCCCUCGGUGCCAAUUAUGGGCCGGAAAGCAGUGCGGGAGACGGCUUUGGCCAAUGGUCUGAUACUUCCUGCCGGAACCCAGAUCACAAUUCACGUGUAUGACAUUCAUCACAAUGCAAAGUAUUGGGACUCGCCAUAUGAGUUCCGGCCUGAGCGUUUUUUGCCCGAAAACACCAAGGAUCGUCAUAUAUACUCCUAUAUUCCCUUCAGUGCUGGUCAGCGUAAUUGCAUAGGUCAAAAGUACGCCCAGCUGGAAAUGAAGACUCUGCUCAUCGCCAUGGUGAAAACAUUUAAAAUUCUACCUCUUGUCGAGCCAAAAGAUUUUGUAUUUAAUACUGGCAUCACUUUGCGUACAAAUAACAAUGUUAAAGUUAAGCUUGUGAGACGUAAAUAAGUUAUUAAAUAAAACCUUUGAACAAUAA